AUGACUAGGUACGGGGGUAUGGGGAGGACGCGCCCAAAAAAGCUCACCUCCAAGGCCUCGAUCCCUAUCGUUCGGGAACAUGAGAUCGACAUCAUCGACGACGAGGUCCAGAAUGCCCUCCAACAGAUCGAAACUGGUGUUGAGAAGGCGGAAGAAUCGGAAUUCCAUCUGCAAGCCGCCAUAAGUGCCUCGGCGCAGGGGAAAAUAAAUGAAGCUCACAUUCCCACUCCGGAGACCGUCCUCAGUAACCUGCGAUAUGACAAGCUCUAUCCACCCACCUUCUCACAACCCGCAACGUACAUCCGCUUCUCCUCCACUGUGGAGGACUGCUGCGGAUGUCCGUAUAACAUGACCGAGGAAGAUGACGUCUUCCUCAAGAUCAUGAACCAGAAGCGGGACCCUGCCAAUCGCUGCACGGAAGACCAGUUCGAAGAGGUCAUGAACUUUUUCGAGGAGACGGCGCAGACAAAACAACCGUUUGCUGCCGUAGAUAAUCCUCCAGUUUUGAGCUUUGACGACAUGCAGGAGUCCAUGGAUGCAGCCGUAGAGGAGUCUGUAAAGCGAUUCGCCAAGGACGUAUAUGAGCAUUGGAAGUCGCGAAGGAUCACCACCGGGAACCGAUCAUUGAUGCCAAGUCUCAAGUUCGAGACGGGACAAGACACCGAUGAUUCCGACCCAUAUGUUUGCUUCCGUAGGCGCGAGGUCCGGCAGAUCCGGAAGACUCGUGGCAGAGAUGCUCAGAGUGCCGAAAAGUUGAGGCGGCUGAGGAAGGAGCUCGAAGAUGCCCGGCAACUUGUCGCCUUGGUGCGCCAGCGUGAGUUGGCUCGAAAGGAGAUGCUUGCCAUUGAGCGGCAGGUCUUCUUGCAACGGUCCGAAGUCAAGGAGAUGAAGAGAAAACUCAACAUCAAGGACGACGACGAGGACCUCAUCAACCAGAAGCCAAAGAAGAAGCCGACAGAGGCACCUGCUGCCCAGCGGCCAGCGGCCACUCAACUGCGUAUGCCCCAAAAGCCGGGUACGCAGACCACGGAGGAUUUGCAGCUGUUGGAAGAUGUGCAGGCGGAGAAGGAAAACGCCAUCCUGCGCGACAUCAAGCAGAACAUCACCAAGCAUAUCAACUGGAACGAGGGCUAUGUGGACUUCACGAGAGCACCGCUCUCACCCUCGCCCGAAAGAACGUUCGAGGGUGCCUUCCGGCCGGCAAUCACGACACAAUUGCCAACACCUCCCUCGUCGGAUUCAUCCGAAAACAUGCUGGACUCAGCUUUAGAUACCACCAGUGCACUCUCGCUCCGAGACAAGCUAGCCUCUCACGCCAUGGACUUGAGCGAUGACACCAGCCGAAUGCCCUCAUUUAGAAGACGUAUUGGACGGGGCGGUCGUCUGUGGAUCGAUCGUCGGAACCUCGCGUCGCGUUGUAAAGUGGAAAUGGAUCCGUGGAAGGCCGAUCGGUUCAAGUAUGAUCAAGAGGAUUCGGACGAGGAGCUCCAAUAUGAGCGCGAUCAGUUCGACAUCCAGAUCAUGCAACAUCGGGCCAUCAUGGCGGCCAAGGCUCGAGAUCAAGCGGCCGCGGCUGCCCAAGCCCAUGCGCAGGCGCAGGCGGCACAAGCCACGGCACAGGCGCAAGCGCUGCGACGAUUGCAGGCCGACCAAACGACCAAUAAUCCACCGUCCAAUGCGGGGCAGACAAUGGGGUCUAACCCCGGGCCUGGUGCCGUUGCCCCAACCGCUGAGACCUAG